UCCUCUUCUUACUUCUUAGCUUAACCCAACUCCACUCUCUUUGUCUUUUCUCUUCUCUUUUCAACUUAAUUUUGACAAAAACCUUCAUUGUUUUAAUUAAAAGAUACACUUUGUUUGCUUUUGCUCAAUUAUACUUAACCUUAUUCUCUUUUAUAGAGAGAGAUAGUGUGCUUUCUUACAACAACACCACACACAACACUACAAAACUAAAACAGAGUUAAAGAGUUUUAGAGAUAGAAAGAGAAACUCAUAAAGCAUUAAGUUUCACAUCUUCUCUCCUUAAAAUGGGUUGAUUCUCUUUUAGUCUUGUUUUUCCCUUUUUAAACUCUUUGUUUCAUUCUUAUUCUUCUUUGAAAAUGAUCAAAUGUGAAGAAAGUUGAAGACUUUCAUCGUUAACUCAUCUGGGUUUUUCAUUUUCUUGAUUGAAAAUGAUAAAAUCUUAAGAAAGUUGAAAACUUUUAACUUAAUCUUAUCUGGGUUUUUCAUUUUUUGGUUGAAAAUGAUAAAAUCUUAAGAAAGUUGAAAACUUUUAACUUAAUCUUAUCUGGGUUUUCAUUUUUUGAAUCUUUAAAGAUGUUUUUCCAUCUGGGUUUUUAGUUUUAGGACUUAAAUUUUGUUUUUUUCAACAAUUUUUAAGUAAAAAUUGAAGAAAAAUGGAGAUUGAAUUAGCAAACAAAGUUGCAAUAGAAAGUGGGAAUAGGGUUGUUGCUAUACUUUCUCAAAAACAAGAACUUCAAACAAGAAAUUUAAUGGCACAAACUAGUGAAACAGUUUCUAAAUUCAAUAGAGUUGUUUCUCUUCUUACUAAAAAAGGUUUUGGUCAUGCUAAAAUGAGAAGAUUACAGAAAUUACCUUCUUCUUUACCUGAAAAACUUUUCUUAGAAACCCCACAUUUAUACCCAAAAUCUCAACCAAAAACAGAACAAUUUCUACCCAAAUCAAAUUUUCUCAAAAACCCAUGUUCAGAAACUCCCCAAAACCCUAAAACUUCAUCCCAAUUUGCUGAAAAACCCUUGAUUGAUGUUACUUUAUCUGUUAAACCACCUACCCAAAUCCCCACCCUUCAAAAACCCACACAAACCCUACCAUUUAUUCAACAACAGUUUCAACAACAUCAACAACAACAAUUUCAGCAACAAAUGCUUCAAAGAUUCCAACUUCAGCAACAAAUGAUGAACAAUAAUACUUCUAGAAGUGGGGUUAAUUUGAAAUUUGAUGGGUCAAACACAAUGUCAUCUAAUAGAUCAUUUGUAUCUUCUUUAAGUAUGGAUAAUAGUGUUGCUAGUCUUAGCAUGAAUUCAUUCCAAUUGAUUGGUUUACCUCAAUCUUCUGAUCCUAAUUCACACCAUCUUAGAAGGAAAUGUGUUAAGGGUGAAGAUGGAAGUAUGAAAUGUGGGAGUAGUAGUAAAUGCCAUUGUUCUAAGAAAAGGAAAAUGAGGAUUAAGAAAUCAAUUAAAGUUCCUGCUGUAAGUAACAAGAUUGCAGAUAUUCCUAAUGAUGGUUACUCUUGGAGAAAGUAUGGGCAGAAGCCAAUUAAGGGUUCACCUUAUCCAAGGGGAUACUACAAGUGCAGUAGUAUGCGUGGCUGCCCGGCAAGGAAACAUGUCGAGAGGUGCUCGGAUGAUUCUUCGAUGCUAAUAGUCACAUACGAGGGUGAGCAUAACCAUGCUAAGUUUAUAGCUUCGCAUUCAUCGCAGACUUGAAGAAUCAGAGAAACUUGUGAUAUAUUUGAGGGAAAUCUAAGCUUUGAUACAGCACAACUACACAAAUUUGUGGUUUGUGCUUUUGGUUUUGCUUUGAUCUUGUAUAUACUAGUAUAUUAUUAUGGUCGAAAACUCGAAUAUUAUAUAGCAUGGAGCUCUUUAGUUGAGCUUUUGAUUUUGGUUUGUAAGGUUUGAGCCACAGGCUAGAGCUUUAAAGGAAUGCUUAUACAAUUUAGAGGUUUACA